GCACACACAGCCAAACACACACAGCUGUGAGGGAUUCAUAAAGCUGGGUCAUGAACAUGAAAACAAACCCACUCAUGCUGAGGGAAUUGUCAAUGCCCUGAGGACAGAAAGAGAGAAAAAAAAAAAAGAGAGAGAGAGAGAGCGGGAUAGAGAGACAAAUACAUGUGCCUGAAAAAGGGUGACUCCCUUCUUGGACAUUUUCAUAAGGCGGACAACAGACAAAGGAGCGCACCCAGCAGGCUUUUCAGCACAGCCUGCCAGUAAAGCCAAAACCUGCUCGCUCGACCGUGAUUUUGUUUUCUGAAGGAUCAGGACUCUAGUCAGUUUGUGGUUCUGGGUUUCGAGGGCUGUGCCAUCCAUGGAGUUAGCAAAAAAAGGGAAGGUAAACAAAUGUACUUUUCUUCUCUGCUGAAAUUUUAAGCAUUUCAGUAUUUUAGUCAGCAAAGGAAGCUACAGCCCAGCAACUACAGGAGGGGAGCAAAGAUACAAACUGAAGGAGGAAACAUAAGUCCAAGGUAAGAGUCCAGAUUGUCUUGUUGUGUGUCAGUCAUGUUUGCAGAGUUUUUAUAAAAUCUGUUGCAGGAUUACUCCCAUUUCUAAUGCAGGAGGGAUUAGAAGAUCAUCUGCAUUCACAGUGUCACAUAUUGUUAGACAGUUGGCUUCCAGAAACAACCUUUCAUACUGCAUGGAGAAUUUUGCUUUUAACAACUCAACUCAACUUUAUUUGUAAAGCACUUUAAAACAACCACAGCUGAACAAAGUGCUGUACAUAAAUAAUAAGAUCAACAAUGCAACAGCCUUCAGUGGGUUUUUCUAAAUCAUGCAUUCCAUGUUAAGGAAAGCAAAGAAUGAAGAUGUUAUUUAAAUAUAGAAAUUGUCAACUAUCUUUUCCACUCAAUUUUUUGGUUCCAUUUAGGUAACCAUGCAAGCCGGAAGAAACCAAUGGAGAAACUUUGUCCUGUUUAUGUUGGCUGCACUGGGCAUGCUGGAAUUCUGCAGAGUCCAGGGCUGUCGGGCUGGCUCAGGGUCAGAGUGUGAGAAAGCCCCCUUUGUCCCUGGCCAUAACCUGGCAGGAGAGGGUUUUGAUGUGGUGCGGAUGCGUCGAACAGGAGCAUAUGUCAUCAAUGUCAAAGGAUCUCUGAUUGACAACCAGACCUGUACACUGUGUCCCAACCGUUUCCAAAAUGGACAGGUAAAAACUGACUCUCCUUUUUCUCCACCGCACUGUUUAGUCUAAAUUUUCCUCAGUUCAAACAAAGCUUUCCCCUGUCCCGUUUUUCCUCCUCUGGAUUUUACACAUUCGAUAAAUAUUUUCCUUCUCACCAGCAUCCCCCUCUACAUCCUUCCUUUUUCCUCUUCCUCAGAUUCAGAGGCUCCCAGCAGCUGUGCUUGACUGGCGUCCCUUCAGCCGCUGCAGUAAGCAGCUUUCUAGCGCCCUCCACCAUUCUGUGGACUCACUGCUCCGCAGCUCAAACUCUCUGGUCAACAACAACUGGGGUCUGGGUUUGAAUCUGGAGGAUAUUGGGAAUGGAGUGCUGGGAGGCAGCCGCUCAGAUUUGGCAAAGUUCGCUCGUUCCCAGCACAGUGUGGACAGAGCCACGUUUGCCAUCCAUGAAAUCAGCUGCACCUACUACAGGUAUCAUUUAUCUCAAAUAUUUAAAUAUGGCAUAAUUUACUAAAAUUAACAUUGGGCCAACUUCUGUUUUAAAGACGGCAAAUGCAGUGUUACCACAAAAUGUCCUCAGCUUCAAAGAAAGAUAGCUAAAAUGAUGUUUUUGAUGUUUGAAGAAUUGGCCUGAAUGAGAUAAAAGCUUUAUAAUCGGUUUGAGAAACAUAAAGGACAACCUUGUGUUUGGUGGAUAGAUAUGUUGGCAGUUUGUAACAUAAGAGCCAAGUAUGUGUUAUCAUUCUUCGCUGUUAAACCCAGCAUGCCUUUUGUUUCUUUUAGUUACAGACUGGCUGAUCAUCCCCCGCUGAGUACAGAGUUCACCAAACAUCUGAACAGACUUCCACAGAGUAUCAACACAAGCCAGGACAGAGCUCUGUACAGACGGCUUAUAGACACCUAUGGAACUCACUACAUACACCAGGUGUGGCUACUGGGAAUAAACUUUGUGGUGUUAGACAAGUAAAGACAAUUUAGGAAUGAUGUCGAAGCUGGUUAAGAGGAGGAUAAAUGGUUGAAGUCAGAGUGUAUAACCAGACUUUUCAUUUGUUCAUCUCUCUCUCACAGGUUCACCUUGGUGGUAAGGUGAGGCGAAUCACUGCCUUCAGAACCUGUCUCGCCACACUAAGGGGGUUCUCUGAAAGAGAGGUAAAAAACUGCCUGAACAUUGAACUUCGGAUGGCUCUAGGCUUCAUCCCUGGAAAUGCGUCCUUUACCAACAAAUGUGACAACCUCCUAAAGGGAAACAUGAGCAUGGGCUUUUACCAAGGCUUCAUGACCCAUAAGAUUGAGGUCAUCGGAGGAGAAAGGUACUUCCCAGACAUCCUCUACCAGCAUGACCCAUCUGAAGCAUACCACAGCUGGAUGAACAGCCUGCACGACAACCCUGAUGUGGUUUCUUAUGCUAUCUUCCCUCUGCAUCAUCUGGUGGAGGACUCACAGGUCAGUGCAAAUCUAAGAAGCUCUAUCUCAGAUUAUAUCAGAGAGAACCAGCUGAAGGAGGACCAGGUUGGUUUAAAGAACUGCUCCCCAACCCCCAACCUGGAUCAUAAUUGCUGUCCUCUGAGAGCUGGCAGAGGGACUCUUAAACUGGAGAUCCACAGAGCUGCAGGACUGAGAGCGGACACCUUCACGAAGACUGAUGCCUACAUUAAGAUCUUCUACAACGGCAUCUACGAGGAGACGGACACAGUGAUGGAUAACAACGACCCUGUGUGGAAUGCGACAUACAACUUUGGAUCAGUAGAACUGGGUCCGGAGAUGAGGUUUGAGGUCUGGGACAGAGAUGUGCUUUACAAUGACUUGGCAGGUAGAUGUGUUGUCUUCCCUGAGCGAGGAAGUCGGUCGCUGAGCUGCCAGCUGAAAAGAGGAGUUCUUUAUUUUAGCUAUUCCGUCAAAUGCGAUGCUCAUUUGACAGGCUUCAGGUGUGGACGAUACUCUCCUAACGCUGAGUAGACUAUCCAGCAAUAAUUUAAAGACCCACUCUGAUGAAAAUCAUGUUUUUCUUGUUGUCCAUAUGUUCAUAUGGCAAUUUUUCUUUUGGUAGAGGGCAUAUGAGAAAACUCAGAGCAAAGUUGCAUUUCUGAGAAUUUCUGCAUUCAAAUUGCUGUGAACCUCUGGCAGACCCAAACAGCAGGUUCAGAUGUUCAAACAGUGGGAUUUCCUAGGUCACAAAUCCAAGCUCCGCCCCCUGUGUCCUGCUCUGCAGGCUAGACUCCGAGAAAUAGAAAGGACGAUCACGGAACAAGUGUAUGCGUUGGCGGAUUGCAAUGCGCAUAAAAAAGCGAAUUGUGAUAUGAGCUUAAAUCUCCCUCCCAAAGACAUCAGUGUUUGAGAGCCUACAGGCUAGCAUGAAGAGAAGUGUGCGGAGCAGCUCUCUGCCCACAAUUUAGAGGCGAAUAGCUAAUGAGCUACUGGAGCUCAGCAGAAAGAAAGCACUUAAUAAAUGACACAAGUAACAUGAUUUUGGCUAAAAAAAACUUCAUAACAUCACAAUUUAAUGACCACGAGAACACUUUAGAUAAUCGAAAAAAAUACGAUCGGAGUGGGACUUUAAGUAGAGAUAGUGUUUUGUUGAUCUUUUAAGUAUGUCAUACAAGCAUUGUCUCCUUUUAUAUAUUUUUAAAUGUUUACUAGAAUAUAGUUAUGAUUCAUCCAAGAGGAAAAAUGUACUUGUCGGUUGUCUUUAGUACGAAUUUACAAAAGGUGAGUGUUUGUGCAUCUAUUGUACAUGAUUAAAAGGGUUUUGAGCCUUGGUGAAUAAAACAUAUCAGUGAUAAUUUGAUGUUUUUUUCUAUUGACUGACUUACUUGUCUGAUGACAUAAACCACAAAACAGAAGCAUCUGAGAUUACCACAACGCAUUAUUAACACAAAAAAAAAAAAACACACACAUUCCACAUUAUUUACACCUUUCAUCAAGUCUGAUCUUGUUGUUCUCAACAGUCCCAUCAAUCUCGGUAGAAGAUGAUUUCCAUAAUAGCUGGUUGAAUCAUUGACCACGAAAACAUUUAUUCCAAAUUUUAAUAUUUAUUCUACACAUGAAACAAAAAACAUACAAAUGACUCCAUAAAAGCUUAUACAGAACUACAACACAAACUACUUAUACAGUACAUAAAUGCCACAGCUGCUUCCUCUGCUCACAGCAGCCAAACCUCCUGAGGUAACAACCUGCUCUGUAUGAGAGCUGGAAAGAUGCGUCUCUGUUUGGUAUCGGGGGCGGUGGAGAAUCUGUCAUUUCAUCUGACUAACUCUUCAGGUAUGCCAACUCAAUUUCCUGACUCUGAAUCAGAAAACAGCUCAUGUCUGACUGCCUGAAGGCACCAGUGUUCUUGUCAGUGUACUGUGACUUUUUGGUUUGUGAAAAUUCAUUAAUAAUUCAUGAAGUUCUCUGAAAUAUUAUGAAAUACUUGUGUUCAGUAAGACAAGUAAGAUGGACCCCAACACAUGCUGCAUUAAAACAGUUUGGUCUGUACUUCAACAUUCAUUUGAGCUCCUGUAUCUUUUAACACUCGUGUCACAUGAGGAGUGCAUAAUGAAAGGCAACAUUUUUAAAUACUGGUCUUGUUCGAGGGAAAAGAUAAAAACGGUGUAAAAUGUCUUAGGCACACAGCUACCAUGCUGGACAGUGGAUAGUGUUUUUUACCAUUGGGUCCUCUUUGCAUGGCAGCAUAUGGUUCUCAGUAGUUUGUUUCAUGAAGACACAUCGUCAGAGUAGUUCAAGUCAAAAUGCUCAAGUCUGCCCAGAAAUGCAGGAAUACAAACAAGUGUGUGUUUGUUUUGUGCCAUUGUAAAUCACAGUCCAAGUGAAGCUUUGAGCAAAGACGCCAUAUCUUCAGGUAUGGUCCCCUCAUCACCUAAAUGACAAAUUUGCAAUCUUGACACUUGAAAACCAAAAGACAAAAGAGGAAAAACACAAGACAACAGAUACUGAAAGCUCACUAUCAACCCGGACAUACGAUCUGUAACCUACUUCAGUUUUUGCAACACUGCCUGCAGUUGAGACCUGGUUCUUUAAACUGGUCGUAUAUAUCUGCAGAGUGUAGUCUGCAUAAGAGGUAUAAUAGUCUGAAAAGUUCAUCACUUUUAAUUCUACUUUGUUUUGGCCUUUACUUUUUAUGUUCAGCUAAGCUUUCUUUAGUUUUUGAUAAAUUUUUAUUUUAUUUUUUGUACAUGCUUAGCUUUGAUACAACUUUUAUUAGUUUCUAUUUUUUUCAAAUGUAGAACACUUGACUGGGGGACAAGACAAAAAAAAAAAUAGAACAUCAUUCCAUUUGGCUAUUUGCCUUGUCUGAAGCUGGAUUAAUGUGAAAUUAUACAGCUUAUGUUACACAAAAUGCUAUUUACAUAUUACAUCCUACCCUCCUUAAAAAAGCCUGGACACACCCCUGCAUGUUCGCCUGUACCUCAUAUUACCGUUGACAUAAUGUAGACCCUUCAUAGACUGACGCUGCCUAUUGGAGCUCAUAUAUCAAUGCAGCCACCAUCUUGAAAGGGUCCCCCAUGCGCCCCCGGUGAAUUCAUUUCUAUUGAGGAAGGUAGGAAUGCCCAACUAUAUUGAUCAUCACUCCCCAAAUGUUUACCCAAUUUUC